AUGCAGUUAUUUGAGAUACUAAAAGUUUUAGAUGACUUGAAGCACCUGAAACGAACCGGUUGGAUAAAAAUUGGAGUUCCUGAGCCAGAAACAGUUGCUUCUCACAUGUACCGUAUGGCAGUUUUGGCAAUGGCGUUAGAGAUCCCCGACGUAGACAGGAUGAAGUGCGUUCAAAUGGCAUUGGUACAUGAUAUUGGAGAGGCGAUUGCAGGCGAUAUAACUCCUUUUUGCGGCAUAACAGUUGAAAAAAAAUACCAGCUUGAGGAAGAAGCUUUAUUUGCAAUUGGAGAAAUGGUACCAAAGAAUAUUGCCGCUGACUGGAUAUCCUUAUGGAGAGAGUUUGAGAAGGGGACUAGUAACGAGGCGGUAGUUGUAAAACAGCUUGAUAAGUUUGAUAUGAUCGCUCAAGCGUUCCAAUAUGAGCAGAAAUAUAACAUAGACUGUGAACAGUUUUUCACAGCGACAAUGAACUAUUUCAUCACAGAACCAUUUUUGUCAUGGGAUCGUGAACUCCGCAGUAAACGUACGAAAUUAUUAGAGGAGAAGAUGUUGAAGUAA